CCCAGGCAAAAAAGUAAAAGUAGGAUCUUGUUGAGAGUAGGAUUACAACAAGAGUAGGAUCUGUUUAUGUACAAGAAAUCUGUUGCUCCUCUGACCAUAUUUCGCAAGUAUUUGCAUCCACAGACGCGUCCAGGACAUUCAGCUUGUCCAACCAAGGCCGAUGUGUCCGAAAUUCUGUUAGAAACCAGACAAACACGUCAAUUGCAUGCGAAAGAGCGCGAAUUUCGAACACGAAUGAAGUCGAUUAUCUGCAGCAGCGACUGACUGAGUCAGCGGUGUUUAUCUUUGAUAAGGAGCCGAGGGAGCAGGUAAAGUCUUAGCCGCCGACAAGAGUCGUACGAUGGCCGGUGCUGGGGAUCAGUUUUGCCUUCGCUGGAACAACUUUCAGAGCAACAUCGUGUCCGUGCUGGACAACCUGAAGGAGCAGGAGGACCUCGUAGACGUCACCCUGGUGUGCGAGGGUCACGCUGUCAAGGCCCACAAGGUCAUUCUCUCCGCUUGCAGCCCCUACUUCCGAAACGUCUUCAAAGAAAAUCCGUGCCAGCACCCAAUAGUCAUCCUCAAAGACGUGCACAAUGCAGAGCUUGACGCCCUACUCAGUUUUAUGUAUCAAGGAGAGGUGUACAUUUCGCAGGACAGGUUAUCCUCGUUCCUCAGGACGGCUGAAAUCCUGCAGGUCAGGGGUUUGGCUGGCGCAACGGCACCUGCGAAUUUAUUGGGUGAGCAAACACAAACAAAAAACCAGCGGAACAAGGCAAGUGCUGGUAGAGGAACACCACCUCCACUAGUUCCACCCCACCAACAGCGAGAGGCGACGUCACCCCCGCAAGCAAAACGACGGAAAACCACCCCUCGGAGAGUUGUGGAAAAUGCGUCAGGGGUGGUGGCGGUGCCGCAGGUGGGAGUAAAGCAGGAGCCGUUAGACGACGAGCAACUCGGUAUUUGCCGCGAGGAGGAUCAACUCAAGAUGGACCCUGAGGAGGAAGACGAAGAGCCAGACGAACCUUUUCUUCCCCCCUCAGGUUCACAAAGCCCCCUGGCCAGUGACGAAUCAACCAGUAUGCUUGCCAGAUCACUGACUGCCCCCAGAGAUGCCACAGGAUCAAAUUCUCCCCUUCAGAGUCUCCUUUUGAGUGGGAGCGUAGACGGAUCAUUAACGAUUUCAGACCAGCAGCAGCAAUUGUCGCCAGGGUCGUCGUCGGUGGCGCUCCAGGGUCAGGGCGCGUGUCGGCGGCCGCGCGACUGCCCUCUCUGCCGACGCACCUUCAGUAACCACUUCAACAUGAAGCAGCACGUGAUGAACGUGCACGCGCCGCCCGUGCCGGCGCAGUGUCCCAAGUGCGGGUGCGUCGUGCGCAACCGGCUCUACCUGCGCAAGCACCUCGUCAAGGCGCACAACGCGCCCCUCAGACGCGUCUUCGACUCCUCCGGACGACGCGUCUACGUCCACUCGCCCUGAAUCGCCCCUCACUCCUCCUCCUCCUCCGCAGGUCCAGUAGAAAGAAAGAAAGAAAAAACGUGUCUUCCCUGAUAUUCGUUUGAAAAUAAAAGAUAAUUCAAAACUACAUUUUCAAUUAAAUUUUUAAAUACAAUCAUACAUUUUGGGCAACAAUUUAUUUUUCAUUAGACUACUUAUUAGACUGGUGAAAGAAUGUAUUAUUUGGUUUUAAUUUUUUUUAUCUAUAAUUCGCUCCAAUAUUCAUUCUGCAAAUCGCUACUUUGUGAGCUAUAUUUUAAUUGUCUUUGAAAAUUAGUGCUGAAAGUUCAGAGCAAUAUAAAAUUAAAAUAUGCCCUCCCCUUUAUAUACAAUAAUUGGAUAAAAAAUGGUUUGCUAAAAAGACUUCUUUGCUUACUCUCAGGAGACAAAUGAUUUAUUUUUUAUUUAAACUAAAUUUAAUAUAUUAAAUAGCCUUCAUUAGUCUACCAAAAGUUAAAAUUCCUAUUUUUUACAACUUACAGUUAACUGAAAAAUAAUCCUAUAUUAGGUAGAAAUGUAUAGUUUUCACUUAAUAAUAGUAAAAUAAAAUUUAGUUAAUUAGUAAAUAUGAUUCUCGUAAAAAUUUUCAUAAUUUGAGAUUGAGUUCAAAUUCUGGGACGUUUUGGAUCUCGCAUUUCUCUCACUCAUUUUUGUUGUUCAGCUCAUUUUAUUUUUGCAGAUAUAGCAAAAUUGAAUUCAAAUUAGAAUCGUGGCCAUCAUUGCACAAGUUAAUUCUGUGCUGUUCUUAAAGGCCUAAAAAUUGUCAUUGAAAACCCCCCUUAAAUUAAAAUGUGUGAUUUUCUUGAAAUUUUUAAAACUUAUCUGGACCUGUACCUCAUUCCUGUUGACAUGCUUUUAAUAAUAAGCUUUAAAUACUAUCCAUAAUCAUGUAGAUGAAUGCAUUUUAUUGCAUUGCUGAGAUGUGACUGAAUUAAAGAUAAACCCCCUGACUAAUUCAGAAAAGUUGAUUUAAAAAAAUUAAGAUCAAUAAAGAUUGUUAAAUUUUGGCUGUUUUGUAAAAAAAGGGGGGCCGAUAGGAAUGUGUUGAAAUCUGAAUUUACGCUUGUUUUUUUUUAUCUGGUUGCUUGUUUGGAAGAGGAGAGAUAUUUUCUGCGCGAUGCAUCACACCUUUGACUCUUCUGUUCUCGCAAGUGGGUAACAAUAUAUAUAUCUAAUUCUUGUGUACAUGUGCACUUACUUACUUUUCCCUUGCAUGAAAUGUUGAGUACAAAAAAAUACCGCAUGACGUGGAGAAUUAAUUGAAUCGAUAUGUAACCUCCAAUCGCCCCCAAUCAUCUUACAAGAAGUGUAUUUUAUGUGAUUUAAAGAACUGAUCGAUAGAUAUUUUGUGUAAAUAUUAACUCUUUGGAUGGACUAAUAAAUUUAAUGUUGCCAAACCUAACAAGAGCAAAAUAACACACAUGUCGAAUGACGCACUCUUUAAUUCUGAUAACGCAACUACCAUAUUAAAAAAAACUAAUAUAGAGCAUAAUCAAUUAUUAAUCACUAGUUUGAUCAUAAUAUCAACCCAUGAAGUGGAAACUUUACUUCGGCACUCGUAUUUUACUUUUAUUUAAACUCAUCGGUAAUUAAGUCAAGUAGCCGUGAAAUAAAAUGAACCCCGAUUAUACAUGUAAAAAGUUUGAAAAUAUUAAAUACUGAUUAUAUAAUAUUUGGCUCAGUUACUGUCCAUUUUAAUUUUUUUAUGAAAUUAUGAAAGCGAUUUAAAUUUAUUUUGUUUCAUGUAAAAAUAAAUAGAAUUUCAAAAAUUUAUUAUAAAUUUUAAUCAAGAAUUCGAAGUUUGUAAAAUUAAAAUUUUAUUUCAUGUUUUGCUGUCAUUUUAAAUUAAUUUUGGGGUUUCCACUUUUUGGUCGAGUGAGGUGCAAUUAUUCAUUGACUUUUGUGUUUUUAUUUUCCGAGAGAGAAGUUUCUGUGAGAGAGGUUCGGUGUCCGAGCGGAUUUGAGACGCGCGUCUU